AUGUUUAGAAUCAUCACAUUAUUGGGUUCGCAAAUCCUCGAGAUUACAGCCGAGGUGUUUGGCAACAGGGUCCAACCCACCAUCGUCACUUACGCAUCAAUACUACAAAGAUUAUAUGAUGACGAUGGGCACCAUCAAGACAAAAUGUUAAAGACAGAGAAAUGUGUCUUCGAUCUUGUUUACCUACGUUACCGGUUGGGCCACCGAGCCUUGGCCUCCUCUUCAGCAACGGAUUCGCCCAAAAACCGGACAUCUCCCUCCGCAUCUUCGUUCCGGACAACCCUCCGAACCGGAAUCCGCAACUCCUCCGCCGCCUCGCCCACCAGCUCGCCACCAGAUGCGGACCCACUCUCAAUGUCGUCGCCGCCGCCGGAGACUUCCUCAGUGACGUCGUCCUCCGCGAAAUCUCCGCCUGACUCCGACAAGGUCCGCUUUCUGGUCCGCCGGCUGUCCUCCGACGCCGCCGUAGCGUCGCUUUUGGCCGCCAAUCUGCUCUUCCUUUUGCUCCCCAUUUCGCUGGAUGAUAUCAGAGGUGUAGGCGGGGCAGUGUGGUGA